GCAGAAGCAGCCCCCUCCCCUCUUACCUGGGGGGAGCUGGCUGCUGCUGCAACUCCCACCCCUCCUUUUCUAAUUCCUGCUGCAGGAGCCCUAUUACUCACACUACUUUCUUCCCGUGCUGUUCAGUUCACUGUUCUAUAAGGGGUUAAGUAUAAUUGUUCAGGGAAACAGGAAGAGGAGUGGAUGACACAGUUUGCCAGGUGAGAGCUCUCACGCAGCGAGUGAAAGUAAAUGCGAAAACGACCGGUUUACAGAUCCUGUAUCUCAGGUGACUGAAACGGUCCGGAAACUUUGUGUGAGCAGGAGGAGAUUGUAAUGUGAGCAGGCAUACAAGCUGCAGUACUCAUGUUAGUGCACACAUUACAGACAUCAGGGAUGGAAGCUCCUCUUACAUCAGUGAUGCCCUUACGCAUCCUAAACAAGGGACCGGAGUACUUCCGACGCCAGGCUGAGAGCAGUGCCCGUAAACCUACUGCUGUGGAGAGGCUAGAGGCAGACAAAGCUAAGUAUGUGAAGAGCAAACAGGUGGCUACCACCAAGCAGGAGCCAGUGAAGCCAUUGCUGUCCAGGCAGCCUCUCUUCUCACCAGGUGUACGCAGAGUACUGCUUACACCAAACCGCAGAGGCUCCCCGGCAGCCCAAAAAAUUGAGAACAGAAGUCACAAGGGUUCCCUUAACUUGGAAAUACUUAACAAGCUGAUAAAUAUCUGUGACAGCCCGCUGGCCUCCCCACGAGCAGAUGCUGCACCCUGGCAGGAACAAGAAAAGCCACAGGAUUCAUCCAGACUGCAGACACCCACUAGUCACAAGGCCCCCAGCACUGCACUAGUGCGCAGAGUGGAUGUUCGACCUGGAGAUGCCCUACGACCCCUCCAGUGUCCAAAUAUACUUGUUACCCCAGUGGUGAUGUCUCCUGCCAAAUCUUGCCUCUCCUCUGACACCUCUGUCUGCUCACCAAAAUCUACACCAAGAGACAGUGGCAAAAGACAAUCUCUGCUGCACCGCUCCAAGUCUGACCUGAGCGACCGUUACUCCCGUGCCAGUGCUGACCUUGAGCGAUUCUUUAACUACUGUGGCCUGGACCCAGGGGAAGUGGCAAACUUUGGGGCAGAACAUUUUGCCCGGGCUAGCUCUGAUAUAGUAUCAGUGAAGUUUCACAGUGUGAGUGCAGAGAGUUCAGAAUAUGCCCAGUCGCAGCGUAGUGCUGUUACUCUUGAAGAAGCUUCUGCCACACGCACUCCAUAUGGAAUUUCAAUAAUUGAGCGUAAUGCCAGGGUUAUAAAGUGGCUGUAUGGACUACGGCAAGCCAGGGAUGCCCAAAAGAUCACCGUGUAGCAUUUGUUUUUGACUUGGACAAUGACUGGAUUAUAGUUUGAGACUUAUUAGAUGGUUACCUGAGUUUUGGUCUGAAAACACCCACAGAAGAGCGAUUUCAUGACAUCAGCUGUGGAUCUCCCUUUUUAUGCUAUUUACAGAAAAAAAUGCAACUUUGCACAUCUAAUUAUGGCUGGUCCUUCCUCUUCUCUCCUCCUGUUUACCUAUAUAGUAUUGGAAAUGUUUACUGUGUUUGUGUUUUCAGUAAGCAAAACAUGUUUUAUGGCAACUCAGGUUCCAUGUUUUCUGUAUAGUUUAGUAAAGUACAAUAAAACUGGUGUUUUGACUGUCUGAAUAUUGGGCACUAAAAAGCACAAA